AUGCCAUCCAAGGUAUCCUUACACCCAUGGGAAUGGACCACUUCACCAUGGCAACGUGUAUAUAUUGAUUAUGCUGGUCCUUUUAAGGAUACUAUGUUCCUGGUGGUGGUCGACGCACACAGCAAGUGGCCAGAAGUAAUUCCUAUGAAGUCGACAACCGCAGCGAAGACCAUUGAAGUACUACGAAAUUUGUUUGCACGAUUCGGAAUCCCGGAACAGAUUGUCUCCGAUAAUGGCCCCCAAUUCGUCUCAGAAGAAUUCCGGUCGUUUAUGAAAUCUAAUGGAGUAAAACACAUCACCUCUGCCCCAUACCACCCUGCUACAAAUGGCCUUGCAGAAAGAUCAGUGCAAACAUUCAAACAGGCACUGCGUUCAAUGGAAGAAAGUUCGAAGCCAAUUCAAGAGAAGUUAGCAAAAUUUCUUAUAACCUAUAGAAAUACCCCACAUUCAACAACUGGAGAGAGCCCAGCACAACUUAUGCUUGGCAGGCCAAUACGGACACGUUUAGACUUAGUUAAACCUAAUCUGAACAGGAAGAUGGUGAUCAAACAACAGGAGCAGAGCAGGAAGUCGGCCAGUGCCAAGAACAGAGCAACACGACAGUUGGAAGUGGGAGACAUGGUAAUGGCACGUGAUUACCGAGGAAAUCUAAAGUGGAGAUCGGGAAAGGUCAUUGAAAGGAUCGGACCUUUGAUGUAUAAGAUCGAAGUGACAUCGGGCGUAAUCUGGCGCAGACAUAUUGACCAACUGCUGCCAACCGAAGUUAAACUAAGCACAAUACAGGACAGGGAGCAAACUGCAAAUAUGGGAGUAGUGCAGCCGGAAGUGAUAUCCAGUUCAAGUGAACAGACGUUGCCAAUAGUAACAGCAGACUUGCAAGUGCAACAGGGCUCCAGCACCCACGAACUUGUAAAUGAGAGCACUACAGAGACAUCAAUGCCUCUGGCGACAACGAGCGAACGAAGAUAUCCAGAAAGAGUGAGGAAACCACCUGUGAGACUUGAUCUUUAA